AUGAAAUUUAAGCUUCUUUUUGUGAUUUUAGUUUUAUGUACCUCUUUAGGAUAUGCCAGAUUUAGAAUUCGCAAAAUAGACCCCUGCUAUAAUGUUAAAUGA